GGCUCCAUGGCGACCGCGGCGGCGGAACCAGUGUACGGGCUCUCGGAAGACGAGGAGGAGUCUCGCAUCCUCAGGGUGAAGGUGGUUUCUGGCAUUGAUCUGGCAAAGAAGGACAUCUUUGGAGCCAGUGACCCAUAUGUGAAACUUUCCUUGUAUGUAGCAGAUGAGAACAGAGAACUUGCUCUUGUGCAGACAAAAACCAUCAAAAAGACACUGAACCCUAAAUGGAAUGAAGAGUUUUACUUUAGAGUGAACCCGAGCAACCAUCGGCUCCUGUUCGAGGUGUUUGAUGAGAACAGACUGACCAGAGACGACUUCCUGGGCCAGGUGGAUGUGCCCCUCAGUCACCUCCCGACUGAAGACCCAACCAUGGAGAGGCCGUACACAUUUAAGGAUUUCCUCCUCAGACCAAGAAGCCACAAAUCUCGUGUGAAGGGUUUCUUGAGACUGAAGAUGGCGUAUAUGCCCAAAAAUGGUGGCCAAGAGGAAGACAACAGUGAUCAGAGGGAUGACUCUGAGCAUGGCUGGGACGUGGUGGAUUCCAGCGACGCCGCAUCUCAACGUCAGGAGGAGCUGCCGCCCCCUCCGCUGCCCCCUGGCUGGGAAGAGAAGGUGGACAACCUGGGCCGCACCUACUACGUGAACCACAACAACAGGAGCACGCAGUGGCACCGGCCCAGCCUCGUUGAUGUGGGAUCUGAGUCAGAUAACAAUAUCAGACAGAUCAACCAGGAGGCAGCUCACAGGCGCUUCCGCUCGCGGCGCCACAUCAGCGAGGAUCUGGAGCCAGAGCCUAUGGAGAGUGGAGACAUUCCUGAGCCUUGGGAAACCAUUUCAGAGGAGGCAAGUGCCAGUGGGGAUUCCUUAAGCUUGUCACUGCCACCUCCUCCUGCAUCUCCAGUGUCCCGGACCAGUCCUCAGGAGCUGUCUGAGGAGCUGAGCAGAAGGCUCCAGGUCACUCCUGACUCCAAUGGGGAACAGCUCGGCUCUUUGAUCCAAAGAGAACCUUCCUCACGACUGAGGUCCUGCAGUGUGACAGACACAGUCGCUGAACAGUCCCAGUUAUCCCUGCAGAAUGGUCCCUCUAGGAGAGCUCGUUCUUCAACUGUCACAGGGGGAGAGGAGCCAACGCCUUCCGUGGCUUACGUGCACACCACGCCUGGCUUGCCUUCGGGCUGGGAGGAGCGCAAGGAUGCCAAGGGCCGCACCUACUACGUGAACCACAACAACCGCACCACGACGUGGACACGGCCCAUCAUGCAGCUCGCCGAGGACGGGAUGGUGGGGCCGGGCACGAGCAGCAGCAACCACCUGAGUGAGCCCCAGAUCCGGCGGCCCCGCAGCCUCAGCUCCCCCACGGUGACCCUGUCAGCACCGCUCGAGGGCAUGAAGGACUCUCCGGUGCGCAGGGCGGUGAAGGACACCCUGUCCAACCCUCAGUCCCCACAGCCGUCUCCCUACAACUCCCCCAAGCCCCAGCACAAGGGGGCCCAGAGCUUCCUGCCCCCGGGCUGGGAGAUGCGCAUCGCCCCGAACGGCCGCCCCUUCUUCAUCGACCACAACACCAAGACCACCACGUGGGAGGAUCCCCGACUGAAGUUUCCAGUGCAUUUGAGAUCCAAAGCAUCUCUGAACCCAAAUGACUUGGGCCCUCUUCCUCCUGGCUGGGAGGAAAGAAUACACCUGGAUGGAAGAACGUUUUAUAUAGACCAUAGAAGCCAGGUGUUGAUAUGUGGAGACAUUGAUACCAGAGACUUAGUGCCCUCCUACGAUAAUAAAAUUACCCAGUGGGAAGACCCCAGGCUGCAGAACCCAGCCAUCACGGGCCCUGCCGUGCCCUACUCCAGGGAGUUCAAGCAGAAAUACGAUUACUUUCGCAAGAAGUUAAAGAAACCUGCUGACAUACCCAACAGAUUUGAGAUGAAAUUACACAGAAAUAAUAUUUUUGAGGAGUCCUACAGAAGAAUCAUGUCUGUGAAGAGACCUGAUGUACUAAAAGCCAGGCUCUGGAUUGAAUUUGAGUCAGAAAAAGGACUUGACUAUGGAGGUGUGGCCAGAGAAUGGUUUUUUCUCUUGUCCAAGGAGAUGUUUAACCCUUACUAUGGUCUCUUUGAAUACUCAGCAACGGACAACUAUACACUUCAGAUUAAUCCUAAUUCAGGUCUCUGUAACGAAGACCAUCUGUCGUACUUCACGUUCAUUGGCCGGGUGGCCGGCCUGGCCGUGUACCACGGGAAGCUGCUGGACGGCUUCUUCAUCAGACCUUUCUACAAGAUGAUGCUGGGGAAGCCCAUAACUCUGAAGGACAUGGAGUCAGUGGAUAGCGAAUACUACAACUCUCUGAAGUGGAUCCUGGAAAAUGACCCUACAGAACUGGAUCUCAUGUUUUGCAUAGACGAGGAAAACUUUGGACAGACAUAUCAAGUAGACCUGAAGCCCAAUGGGUCUGAAAUCAUGGUAACAAAUGAAAACAAGCGGGAAUACAUUGACCUGGUCAUCCAGUGGCGGUUUGUCAACAGAGUGCAGAAACAAAUGAAUGCCUUUCUGGAGGGAUUCACAGAACUGCUUCCUAUUGAUCUGAUCAAAAUUUUUGAUGAAAAUGAACUGGAGUUACUGAUGUGUGGCCUUGGUGACGUCGAUGUCAAUGACUGGAGACAACACACCAUCUACAAAAAUGGUUACUGCCCAAAUCAUCCCGUUAUCCAGUGGUUCUGGAAGGCUGUUCUGCUGAUGGAUGCUGAGAAACGGAUCCGGCUCCUGCAGUUUGUCACCGGGACGUCACGUGUGCCUAUGAACGGAUUUGCUGAACUUUAUGGUUCAAAUGGUCCUCAGCUGUUUACAAUAGAGCAGUGGGGAAGUCCUGAUAAGCUGCCCCGAGCUCACACCUGCUUUAACCGCCUAGACUUACCUCUGUAUGAAUCUUUUGAGGACCUGCGGGAGAAGCUCCUCAUGGCCGUGGAGAAUGCCCAAGGGUUUGAAGGGGUGGAUUAAUUUUGCAGCACCCGUUCCCUCUCCAAGCACGUUCUGCUGGCUUUGGCACCUGCCCAAGGGACUCCAAGGGACUGUGGCAUAGCAGUUGCCCAGCUCUGGGGGGCCAAGCCCCGAGGCUGGGACUGUCACCUGGGGUGGCCUUGCUGAUGUUCCUGCAGCAGCUGCGAACUGAUAACAUUUCAGCAGGACUUACUCUAUUUAUGUUGUGCCUCUGUAGGCAAAGCCCUUAAUAAAUAUUUUACACAAUUUCUAAUGACAA